CAAUAUUACAUAUUACCAGCUCUAGUUUUGGCAAUCUUGUAAUAACUUCUGCCCAACAACCAGUCCACCCUUGCGCGUGAUAUGCUCCGUGCGUUCUCCUAGCCAGAGAUUGAUCUUAUUCAGCUCUGUUCGCUCGUUCACGGUUCCUUUUUCCGCAGGUUUAGGGUUUUCCUCUGUGACUCUUGAUGAAUUGAUUCCCGCUUCACAGUUCCAUUUCCAUAUGCGCCAGCAUACUUUUGAGCCUUUGACCAAAGAGCGAGCUUUCCUAGAGAUGAUUUCACAGUCUGUGCUAACGCAACUCUCAAGUUCUGGCACGGUAUUGUCAGAGAAUUCUGAUCACAGGUUUUACGAUUGGCUUCUUGAGUGCCAUGGCUUCUGGCAUAAUGCGGCUUCGAUUAUAGCCUCAUUUAUUUUCGUCUUGUACUUGGCUUUUCAAGCCAAGCAGAGCUUUGUAAGGCUCUCGCAUGGCCGGUCUUAUGUUAUUAUAUCGUACUACGUAUGCCUCUGGCUUGCCAGCGUGCUCAAUCUUUUUUGGUGCUUUUUCCAGGCAUGGGAAUGCACUCCUGGGAAUCAGUUGGCAUGGAACUUGUUGUCUUUGUUUACUACAUCUGCUAUGCUAUUCCUGGAAGUAAGCUUGCUGGCCUUUUUACUCCAGGGAAAUAAUGCAAGUGGCUUAGAAGCAUUGACGCGGACUUUUGGUAUCUCGGGUGUUAUUGUUGGUUUGGACAUAGUGUUAAAGGCUAUUUAUCUGUUUGGAUUUGGGAUUCCUAUUUUCAUUGACAGUCAUGAUCAAACCCGUCCUGUGAAAUGGAACUUGUGGGUUGUCCACAAGGUAUUGCUUACUGCUGUAUAUGCCUUCAUAUUAUUUAUGUAUCAUUCCAGGUGGAGGGAAAGGUUACCGGCAAGACCUGCAUUUUACAAGUACGUGACUGUCAUGUUCAUCUUGAAUGCAAUUUCAUUGUUUGCUUGCGGCCUGACUGGAACUGGUGCUGAUUUUGGUUUCUGGUUUUAUGAGGCCACUGUUGUCUGUUACCACGCGUUUUAUCUUCCUCUUCUGUACGUGACGUUCUUAGCAGACUUUUUCCAGGAGGAUGAUUUACAUUUGGAGAAUUCGUAUUACUCUGAGAUGAAAGAUGCUGGUUUCUUCAAUUCAGAGUGGCAAUGAUGUUUUAUCGACUAUUUCGGAAUUAAUAGCAAGUUCGCGACAUGAUGUACAUAGAGGUUAAUAAGCACAUAGACAUCAGAUUUUAAGAUCUCAACUGUUCGUCGGCAUGUCAAUUGGUGUUGGGUAUCAUGUAUCAACUGACUGCCUUCGGCUGAGACCACAGCCCCAAAGGAAGAUGACGGACGGGUCAUGUUGGUUGCCAUUAACUAUCACGUUACUUGUUUCUUUUUAAACUUCGCCAAUUAACUCACAUGCCGUUUGCAUUUUUCCUUCAAUGAUUUCGAGUUUACCAUA